GGACAAAGGCUAUUACCCAACCAACUGGUCUAACAAAAACACCCCCGCACGCACGCAGCAGAAAUGGAAUGCAACAACAUUCAAAGCCUUUGAAUUGAAUUGAAUUUCCCCAAAAAUCAUCCAAACAAAUCCCAAAAUUCUCUCCCUUUCCUUCUCCCCUGAUAACCCAAAUUUCCCCUUCUUUCUCCCUUUUUCUCCUCCGCUUCCAAACCCUAAUUUCAACCCCCUCAAAGGAGAGAGAGAAGGGUUGGAUGGCGGCGACUAUUGAAGGACAGGAUAGGGUUCUUGCUGCUGCACAACAGAUCGUUAAAAGUCUCAACACUUCUACCAAUGUUGAUACUGAUGAUAUGCUCAUGAUCUUAUCAUCCUUCGAUAAUCGUUUAUCCAAGCUUUCCAAUUUGAUGACGUCAUCUUCUUCUUCUACUCCUACAUCGGCUAAAGCGGCGGCCGGAGCCGGAGUCGGAGCUGAUGAUUCGUUCGUUGAUCCUAAAUUUGAAGCCGCUGAGCAGCUUGUGCUUCAUUGGAACUCACCUCCUAACGCCGAUCCUGAUGCGACCUUUGAAUAUCUCGCUGCUGUUGACGAGAUUAUUCAGAUGACUGAGGAUCUGAAUGUUCAGCCGGAAAAUGAUCCCGUUAUGGACAGAGCUGAAGCUGCUUUACAGCAUGCUAUGGCUCAUCUGGAGGAUGAGUUUCGUCAUAUUCUUAUUAGAAAUACUGUUGUCUUCGACGCUAAUCGUCUUCACGAGUCCUCGUUUAUCCGCCGUUGUUCUAUCUCUUCCUCUGCUGUUGAAAUUCCUGAUUUUGAAACAGGUGCUUUGUCGGAAGAUCAGGAGGAUAUUAGUAGUGGAAGGUACAAUCAUGUUAAAGGGAAGAGUCUUGGAGGGGAUGAGUUCUCCCUUGAGUUGGUGUUGCCGGAUGCUAUGAUUGAACUGAGGGAGAUUGCUAAUCGUAUGAUUCGCUCUGGAUACGAGAAGGAAUGUUGUCAAGUGUACUCUAGUGUUCGUAGAGAGGUGCUUGAUGAGAGUUUUGCAAUACUUGGGAUUGAGAAAUUGAGCAUUGAGGAGGUCCAGAAGAUUGACUGGCAGUCGCUGGAUGAGAAAAUGAAAAAAUGGAUUUAUGCUAUAAAAGUUCUGGUGAGAAUCCUGUUAUCUGCUGAGAAGAGCUUAUGUGAACAGAUUUUUGUAGGCUCGGAGUUGAUUAAAGAAGUGUGCUUUAUUGAAACUUCAAAGGGAUGUGUGAUGCAGCUCGUGAAUUUUGGAGAAGCUGUGGCAAUAGGGCAAAGGUCAUCUGAGAAGUUGUUUAGGAUUCUGGAUAUGUAUGAUGCCCUGGCAGAUGUUUUGUGUGACAUAGACGUGCUUUUUAGUGAUGAAGCUGGUGAAAUGGUCUGUGUUGACGCAAAGGACGUGUUAGAUCGCCUAGGAAAAGCCGCUAUUGGGACAUUUGUGGAGUUUGAAAAUGCAGUUCAGCGGGAGGCUUCAAAGAAACCAACACAAGGAGGUGAAAUCCAUCCAUUGACUCGUUAUGUUAUGAAUUAUGUGAAAUUGCUGGUUGAUUAUAGUGAUACAUUGAAUGGACUUUUAGAGAAGUUAGAGUGUGGUAUGGAACCUGACUCUUCUCGAGUUGAUCAUGGUGAUAACUUGGAGUUGGAGAAUAUUGCACCACUGGCGAGGCGGUUGAUGUUACUGAUCAAGUCUUUGGAAGUUAAUUUGGAGGGGAAGUCGAGGAUGUAUGAAGAUAGUGGAAUGCAGUAUAUAUUUUUGAUGAAUAAUGUUCAUUACAUUGUCCAGAAAGUGAAAGAUUCGGAGCUUCAAAAACUUUUAGGUGAUCAGUGGGUCAGAAAGCGGAAGGGUCAAAUUCGACAACAUGCUACAAGCUAUCUUAGAGCUUCAUGGAGCAAGCUUUUAUCUUGUUUGAAGGAUGAAGGACUUAGCGGAAGCUCAAGUAAUGCUUCAAAGAUAGCCCUCAAGGAGAGGUUUAAGAACUUCAACGCAUGUUUUGAAGAAAUUUACAGAAUCCAGACUGGUUGGAAGGUCCCAGAUGCCCAACUACGUGAAGAACUAAGGAUUUCUAUUUCAGAAAAGGUGCUUCCUGCAUAUCGCUCAUUUCUGGGAAGAUUCGGGAGUCAUUUAGAGAGUGGAAGAAAUGCUGGGAAGUACAUAAAGUAUACUCUAGAGGACUUAGAGGGUUAUUUAUUGGAUCUAUUUGAAGCAACUCCUCUUGUUUUGCACCAUAUGAGAAGAAAAGGCACUUAAGGUGCAUGUCUUUGGAGACAGGUAUGGCUCCUUUUUAAGGACUAGCGUGUCUAGAGUAUAGGCUGUGGGGACUUUCUGUUUUCUUGUUGAUCCAAUGUGUUAAAAGAAGUCUCAAGAGAUUAGCUAUACUCUUGUUCACCUACUGUAAUAACUAUGUGAGAUGUAUAUGUAUUAUAUGUGAGAUCUGCUGGUACAGUGGUCUAUCCUUUGAGCUCUUCAGACCAUAAUUUCAUCAUAUGGAUAGGAUACUUAGUAAGCUAAUCACUGUAUUUUCUCUGUGUUGCUUAUGGUUUGCAAUUUAUUGCUGACUUGUUGUA